AUGAGACGCAAGCAAAAUAUGCAUGAAAAUGGCACAAUCAUGAUUCAGUUUGGUCAGCAAGUGCCUAACUGCGAGUCCUCAGCUAGCGAUUCUCCUCAAGAAGUGUCCGGGAUGAGUGAAGGAAGCUUUAAUGAGCAGAAUGAUCAAUCUGGUAAUCGCGAUGGCUACACCAAGAGUGAUGAAGGCAAGAUGAUGUCGGCUUUGUCUCUGGGCAAUUCAGAAACAGCAUACACACCCCCAAAACCUGACCGCACUCAUCCCUUCCAUGUGCUUUAG